CCUCUCACUCCUCUCUCGCCCUUUCCUCCAGAGAAGAAGAACAAAAAUUAAAAAUUAAAAAAAAUCCCCCGAAAAUAAAAUCUCGGUUUCAUUUUUUCCCAAAAAAUAAAAUUCAUUCCAUUUAUAGAGCAACUGAAACCCUACUCAUCACUCUAAAUACAAAGAAUUCUCCGCGAACCCUAAACUUAUCCCUAAUUUCCCAUUUUUUCCCUAUUUAUUUGAUUAUUUAUUCGAUUUUCUUCUGCAAUGGCGGCGGCGGUAUCGGGUCCGGUGGCUCAACCAGUGUCUCCGGCGGCUCAACAGGCGCCGCCGGUUGCGGCUCCGUCGGUUUUCGGGAACGUGUCGCUGUACGUGGGCGAUCUGGACCCGAGUGUGAACGAAGCGCAGCUGUACGAUCUGUUCAACCAAAUGGGGCAGAUCGUUUCGAUUCGGGUCUGUCGGGAUCAGAGCCGAAUGCAAUCCCUCGGCUAUGCCUACGUUAAUUACGGCGAUCCUCAGCACGCUGCUAAUGCCCUGGAGGUUUUGAAUUUUACUCCGAUCAAUGGGAAACCCAUCAGGAUUAUGUACUCUCAUCGUGAUCCAAGCAUUCGGAAGAGCGGAAAGGCCAAUGUGUUCAUUAAGAACCUGGACAAAAGUAUUGAUCAUAAGGCGUUGUUGGACACUUUUUCAACCUUUGGCAACGUACUUUCUUGCAAGGUUGCACUUGAUGGCAACGGUCAAUCGAAAGGGUAUGGGUUCGUACAGUAUGACAAUGAGGAAUCUGCGCAGGAGGCGAUCAAGAAGCUGAACAAAAUGCUGAUAAAUGGAAAACUGGUUUAUGUUGGACUGUUUCAACGAGGCCAGGAAAGGAAUGGGCAAAAUGGAUCACCACAUUUCACUAAUGUUUAUGUGAAGAAUUUGUCAGAGACGACGACAGAUGAAGACCUUAAGAAAACUUUUGGUGAGCAUGGUAACAUUACCAGUGCGGUUGUUAUGAGGGAUGGUUCUGGAAAGUCAAGAUGUUUUGGUUUUGUUAACUUUGAGAAGCCAGAAGAAGCUGCUGCUGCAAUUGAGAAGUUGAAUGGGAGCACCGUUAGUGGUGACAAGGUUUUGUUUGUCGGGAGGGCUCAAAGGAAAUCUGAGAGGGAGGCGGAGUUGAGAGCUAAGUUUGAACAGGAAAGGCUCAGUAGAUUUGAGAAGCUACAAGGUGCUAAUUUAUAUCUCAAAAAUCUUGAUGACACAGUAAAUGAUGAAAAACUAAAGGAGCUAUUUUCUGAAUUUGGAACAAUAACAUCGUGCAAGGUCAUGCUUGAUCACCAAGGGGUGAGCAAGGGUUCUGGAUUUGUUGCAUUUUCUACUCCGGAAGAAGCCAAUAAAGCCUUGGCCGAGAUGAGUGGCAAGAUGAUUGGACGGAAGCCUUUGUAUGUUGCCGUGGCCCAACGCAAAGAAGAGCGCAAGGCUCGAUUACAGGCACGUUUUGCCCAAAUCCGAGCACCAGGUGGGAUGUCACCAUUGCCAUCGGGAAUUCCUGCAUAUCAUCCUGGGGCACCUAGACUUGCCCCGCAACAACUGUAUUUUGGUCAAGGUUCUGGCAUUCUACCCCAUCAGCCUGCUGGUUAUGGCUUCCAGCAGCAGCUAGUGCCUGGCAUGCGCCCGGGUAACUUCAUUAUGCCAUACCACCUUCAGAGGCAAGGUCAACCUGGGCAGCGGAUGGGUGUACGGCGAAGUGGGAACUUCCAACAUGUGCAGCAGCAGCAGUUACUGCACCGUAAUUCCAAUCAAGGCUUGAGAUACAUGGGCAAUGCACGGAAUGGAGUGGACCCAUCUUUGGCUCCUCAAGGUCUUGUGGGUCCAAUGAUGCCUUUGCCACUUGACGGUGCAGGGCUGCCUGUGUCUCCUAAUGAUAUCCAUCGUUCUGGGCCGUUGCCAACGUCAACACUUGCUUCAGCUUUAGCUUCUGCUACCCCAGAGAAUCAGCGUUUGAUGCUGGGUGAACAACUAUAUCCACUUGUUGAGCGGAUUGAGCCUGAACACACGGCUAAGGUGACAGGGAUGUUGCUAGAGAUGGACCAGACGGAAGUUCUCCAUCUGAUCGAGUCUCCAGAUGCCUUGAAGAACAAGGUAGCUGAGGCAAUGGAUGUUCUGCGUACAGCUGCAACGAAGUCUGACGUUACUGAUCAGCUUGGUGCAUUGGAUCUGAAUGAGUGAAUCUCCCUCCAUUGCAUUUUUGGGUACUAAGGCCAAGUUAACUUUGCAUUGGUAGUCGGAUAUUUUUUUUCAGAAGAGUAUUGAUAGGUAUCUGGUUUAUUUUGCGGGAUUUACGCAUGGCAACUCAAAUGCUUAAUUUUUUUAGGCUUGAGGGAUUGAAAGACCUAAGGUUGCUAGGAGUUUGUUCAGCGUCCUUCAUUUUUCUUAGACUUAUCAUUUGUUACUUUUCUUAUAUUAUUUAUCAUUGUUACUUUUUU